AAUUAAUAAAUCAGUAAAUUUCCUAAUAGAAUUAAUGAAUUAUACAGUCAAGAGAGAUCAGCGAUUUGAAAUUAGGGCACUCUCUCUGCUCCCUUUUAUCUCUACUUCCAAAACUCCGGCCACCGGCGACCUCCGCAACCCCACCCCCACACCGCCAGUCCGCCGCGCUGCCGCGUCACCUCCCAGUGCUCUCACCGCCGCGUUGAGCGCAGCUCCAGGCUCAAAUCCCAGAAAUUUUGCCGUUUGCAUUAUCUGCAGGUAGGCAUAAAGCUUAAUGUCUCUGUCAAAUGGCGAAACCAGUGCUCCGGUCUCUCCUCAGCGUAUCUUCACUUCUCCACCGUUCGAUCUCUUUCAGGCAAAUCCUUCGGACACGAGAACCCAUAUUUGCUCUCUUGAGGCCUCCAUCUCAACUGCAUCAAAGCUCAAUUAGUUCCCAACAACCAGUUUGGUGCUGGCAAUGGAGAAGCAUCACUCAUGGGUCAGUAAAUGUGGUAAUAUCACCGCAGGGAAAGCCCAUGUUUGAGACCCACGAGAUUGAUCCCCCGAAGAAGGAGAAAUGGAAGACGAAGAAAAGACUGAAGCUUCAAAGAAUGAAAGAGAAGCAAAAGAGAAAGGCUGCCAAUAAGAGAGACCCAAGACGGCUCGGAGCGAAAGGCGAUAAGAAACGGAAAUUUGCCACUGCCGAGGAGAGGAUUAAAUACAAGCUCGAACAAGCUAGAACCAAGGAAGCCUUGUUGAUCGAAAGGCUGAAAAGGUACGAAGUUCCCAAAGCUCAGGGCCCAAUGGUUAAACCUGAUGUAUUGACUGGCGAGGAGCGAUUUUAUAUGAAGAAAAUGGCCCAGAAAAGGUCCAACUAUGUUGAAGUUGGCAGAAGAGGAGUCUAUGGAGGAGUUAUCCUAAAUAUGCAUAUGCAUUGGAAGAAACACGAAACCGUCGAAGUCAUUUGCAAACCUUGCAAGCCUGGCGAAGUACAUGAGUAUGCAGAUGAAAUCGCUAGACUGAGUGGUGGAAUCCCAAUCCAAGUCAUUGGAGAUAACACGAUAAUCUUCUACCGUGGCAAAAACUAUGUGCAGCCGAAGGUCAUGUCACCAAUCGAUACGCUCUCAAAAAAACGGGCAUUGGAAAAAUCAAAAUACCAACAAUCGCUCGAGUCAGUGAGACGAUUCAUUGCCAUUGCCGAGAAGGAACUAGAACUAUACCACCGGCAUGUUGCACUCUACGGUGAUCCAAAUGAUAGAGAUCCCAAAUCAAUCUUGGAUCCUCCCAAGGCCAGACAUGGUGCUAACAAAGCUAUUUCUUCGACUGCACGAGAAAACUUGAAACGCCUUUCAUCAUCAUCUGCAGCAGCAGCAGCAGCUAGUGUUGGUGAUCGAGAGCUCUCCGGGGACGAAGAUUCUUCACAUUAUUUGGAUUCUGAAAGUGAUGAUGGCAUGUUAAGUGAAGACUUGACUUCUUGUGAUGAGAGCUGAUUUUUUCAUUUCAAGAAGGUGUUUUCGAUCUAUGUGUGUUUGGGCUCACCAUCAGCUUAGCCACCUAAGUUGAUUGGAUGUUUAAUAGAGGUAUUAUGUAGAAGAGAAAAUAAAAAUUUUGAUCAUGAACAAGCUAAAUGUUUAUUUCUCAAAUGGUUAAUUGUAGUUUAU